GUUGUAUUAGUGAGAUUUAUUGUUGUUAUUUUGUUUAACCCUUUCAGUAACACGUAAUUACCACCGAUCUGUGUUAGUGACAUUUCAAAUGGGUGAAACCGAUGAGGUCCCAGCUCAUGUCUCCAACGGGGAGAAACCAAAGAGACAACCGAGCUCCAGGAGCUUGAAGAGGAAGUUUUCAGCUGAAGAAGAGUCGUCCCCCGAGAAUAACAACAGGAGUCUGCGACGGUCCCUGCGAAGAGGAAGCUCCUUCACCUUCCUCACCCCAGGACCACAAUGGGACUUCAGUCUGAAGCGGAAGCGCAGGGAUAAGGAUGACGGUGACGCAGUCAGCCUCUGCAGCUUCGACUUCAAGGAACCCAGCAACAAGCGUGUCCGUCCUCUCGGCAGGGUGACGUCGCUAGCCAACCUCAUCUCUCCGGUGAAGAAUGGGGCCGUCCGGCGCUUCGGCCAAACCAUCCAGGCCUCGUUCCGGGGCGAUGGCAAGUCGCCGGGCAUGCCCCAGAAGCCUUGCAGCAAGGCAGCGGCCCCCACACCGCCUAAAAGGAGGAACAGUACGCUGUGGUCGGAGACACUCGACGUCCACCAGAAGGGAACGUUCUCCACUAAAGAGAUCAAGCGGCAGGAGGCCAUAUUUGAGCUGUCUCGUGGAGAACAGGACCUGAUUGAGGACCUCCAGCUGGCACGCAAGGCGUACCACGACCCAAUGCUGAAGCUCUCCAUUAUGUCUGAGGAGGAGCUCACUCACAUCUUCGGCAACCUGGACGCCUACAUCCCUCUGCAUGAAGACCUGCUGACCCAGCUCUCCAAAGCCACGGGGCCUGACGGGACGGUGGGCCAGAUCGGACAGAUUGUCGUUAGCUGGCUGCCCAGGCUAAAUGCCUACAAGGACUACUGCAGCAACCAGCUGGCAGCCAAGGCGCUGCUGGACCAGAAGAAGCAGGACAGGCGGGUGCAGGACUUCCUGCAGCGUUGCCUGGAGUCUCCCUUCAGCAGGAAGCUGGACCUGUGGAGCUUCCUGGAUAUUCCACGCUCCCGUCUGGUCAAGUACCCGCUGCUGCUCAAGGAGAUACUGAGACACACUCCACCAGAGCACCCCGACGCUGCGAGCCUGGAGGAAGCGAUCACCGUCAUCCAGGGCGUCCUGUCCGACAUCAACAUGAAGAAGGGAGAGUCUGAGUGCCAGUACUACAUCGACAAGCUGGAGUAUCUGGACGACAGGCAGAAGGACCCUCGCAUCGAGCAGUGCAAGAGCCUGCUGUGUCACGGCGAGCUGCGCAACAAGAGCGGCACGGUGAGCAAAACACACACUCACUUCCCUCUCAGCAACACAUGGCCUCUUUGGCUGCCUCUUUACACACUGGCUGUGACCACCUGCUUUCCCCCGAUCCCCCAACCACCCGGUGAUUUCACAGCACGAAAACUGCAUGUGUUCCUGUUUACUGAGCUGCUGGUUCUGACCCGCCCCGUCACCAGGAACGAGCGCCAGUGUUUUCAGGUUUACCGGCAGCCAAUCCCAGUGCAGGAUCUGGUGCUGGAGGACCUGCAGGACGGCGACGUCCGAAUGGGCGGCUCCUUCAGAGGCGCUUUCAGCAACGCAGACAAAGCCAAGAACAUUUUCCGAGUGCGUUCCCAAGACCCGAGCCAGGCGCAGUCCCACACGCUGCAAGUCAACGACGUCUUCCACAAGCAGCAGUGGCUCAACUGCCUCCGUAGCGCCAUUUCCGUCCACCGGCCCCUCAACGAGCCCUCCACCCCGAGCCCGCCCACGAGCGCCGCCCGCACCAAGCGCCGCCCCUCCUCCGUCUCGGCCAUCAUCCACAUGGAGGAAGCGGACGAGAACUGCCUGCAGCCGACGUCGCAGUCUGCCCCCAGCUCGCCGUGCAACAACGCGGCCCCCAGCCCCACCUCCUCCUCCUCAUCCCCGUCAUCCUGCUCCUCAGCUUCGUCGACGACGUCGUCUUCCUCGACGUCCCCCGUCUCCUCAUCCGCGUCGCAAAAAACCAAAAAGGACAAGAAGUCUCUGUGUUCUUUAGGGAAGAGGAAAGAGACGAUGGUGUGAACUGAGCUGACAGGAGACAAUGGACUCCAGGGCGGACAUUUUGUUUUUUUGUACAUAAAUUCAGAAACAGCGCAGAGAAGCGCAGGACUUGUAUUUAUGUGUGUCUGCGUGCGUGCGUAUUAUUACAACAGUGUUCUGUGUUACUGUCCUCUUUGGCAGCUAUUUACCUCACCCCUCCUUCCAAGUGCAUCCCACAGAGACACAGAACCGGGGAGGGGGACGUGCCCGCCUUCCUACAAAGGGAAGCAUAACGAGAAGCAAACACACUUUUCACACAUGAAUCUUUGUGUCAUAAGUGGGUUUCUUGAAGGUAGAGGUGGUGCAUCAAAUCCUGUUUACUCUUAAUUUGAUAUUUAAACAUUAUUUUAGACCAUUUUUGGGGGACAUAAUGAAAGUUUUACAUUUUUAUAUCCUAAAAUCGAUUGUAGUAUUUUUUUUAGAUAUAAAGCAGCACUGUUUUAGCUUUAGGUGAAGUUAUUUGAAAUUUUGAGUGUGUUUAGGAGGCAAGAAAGAAAGAGAAUCCCCAAAUAGAUAAGAUGUACUACACAAAGCUACACACCUUCAUCUGUAAAAGUCUGAUUUUUACAUUAAUGAGAUCUUAUUUUUAUACAUUCCUUAAAUGACAGAUGUUUGGACCCAGACUUUUUUUUUUUUUUUUUUUUUUUUUUGCAGAUACUGCAGUCAGAGGCAUUAAUUUAAAUCCCUAACAGGUGAGAUUUCAGUUUCUGGCUGUCAGAACAAUAACAAGUCAUCAGACGUUGAAUCAUGUCAAAGAAGAGACGAGGAGUUUUGUUUAAACACAACAUUUUUGAACUGAGCCAUGUUGGUUUUUUUUUUUUUUUAAAAAGCUGACUUUUCAGAAUGAAACAAAAUGAAAUUUCUCAGUGUAGCAUCUUGCAUGGAGCUGUAGUUGUGGGCACUGCUUGCACCUGUCGAGGCAGCAGGAUGUUUGAACUUGUCCUGAGGGACGGGAAAGUUAAACAUGUAAAGGAUUUGUAAAUGAAACUAGAAGAAUGUUGUCCGAAGGCUGAAGAGAUUAAAGACGAGAUGGAUAAAGUGUGAUUUGGAAACUGAAAUAGAUCGUAUGUGCAAGAUGUGUCAAUCCAACAACUUCCCCUUGUGUAAGUUGAUGUGGUAUCUUGCUCGUAGAUGGAUGGUUGGUCGGUAAAACUCAAGUGAGUGUAAUCAAUGGAAAAAGUAUGUAGGGGAAGAGCGAUGAAAAAGAAGGUUUUUGUAUGUGCACAAGAUGUUUUUGUCAUUGAGAUGGAAAAAAGAAAAGGAAAAGGCAAUUUGCUUGCCACAAACUGUAUUUAAUAAAAGAGAACAAUAAAAAUCUGUGUAAGAUUUGCAUCUGAA